AUGGAGAUGCUGCAGACGGACGAGUAUUCCGCACAUUGGGCAGCGCUGACCAAUUUCCUGUCUCGGAAAUGGUGGAUGAGGAUCUGGACGAUUCAGGAGUUUGUCAUACCACGGAGUGUCUCCUUCUGGUGCGGCAUGCAGGAAGUCAGCCGGGAUGCUGUGUGCCAUAGUAUAUCAGUCGCGGACAAGUGUACCUCUGUUGGUAUCAAAGAGACGCUCGCCUUCCGCUCUGGGCUCAACCGGGGAAGAGCGCGGGACUUGUACAAGAUGCAGGUAGCAGACGGUGUCAGUUUGAAGCGCACGCUGCUCUCACUAACUGCUUACUUCUGUUUCAUGGACGCAACCGAUGAUAGAGAUCGUCUAUAUGGGCUUAUGGCGCUGUCAACCGACGGAUCGUCGCUUCUGGACGUCAACUACUCCCUGAGUAGCGAAGAAGUGUACUUGCGUUUUGCACAGGCUUUCAUCGCACGGCACAAGUCCCUGGACAUCAUAUGUUUCGCGACGAUAUACAGCGCGCCGUCCGGUUCUUCAUUGCCAUCUUGGGUGCCUGACUGGCAUUGGAGGAAUGCGGGCCAAGUGACUCCUUUAAUGGUCUGCCAGGCUCACAACGACCAGAUUGGAAAUCUACGGCCUUCCAAACACUUCGGAGAUGGCCCCUAUAUCUUCUACUCAGCGUCAAAAAACACACCAGCUGUUUAUGAGUUCCAAGGGUCGAAGUUGUCUGUUCGAGGGGUUAUCGUGGAUGCCGUUGAUGGAAUAGCCGGCUCCAGAAAUGCUGCAUUCGUCCAAAGCUCCGAACAUUCUAUACGAUCGUCAAGCAGCCCCGUAAGGUCACUCUCAUCGACGGAUAUAUUGAAGACUGUAUGCAAGUCUUUGGUGUGGGACCGCAAAGAUCGAUACUUACGGCAAGGGAUGCCUGCUGCAGAGUUUUACUAUGACUUCGUCCGCCUAUGUGUGCCGCUCGUAGACGCGGAAUCGCAACCCUCUGCUCUUACAGAAUUGAAGGACUGGUUCCAGUGGACAAAGUCUCUCAUAAUCCACGGGCGCACCUUUGAGAGCCUCCUACGCGACAGCUACCAGACUGGCAUAGACUUUUCUGGUCCGGCUCCGAACGAUGACGAAUACAUUAUGGACACGUUCAUGGGUAGAUUCUUCGAUACGAUUAUGAGAUUCUCCCAGCGUCUCAUGGUGAGCCGCUCUGGCCGUCUUGGCAUGGUGGGAGAGAAAGCGAUGAAGGGAGAUCUGGUCUGUGUGCUACAUGGCUGUAGCGUUCCUGUUCUACUACGAAAACUGAACGACAGUGCUGACUUCGUCUUUGUGGGGGAAUGCUUCCUCGAUGGGUGUAUGGAAGGUUCGGCUUUGGAGCAAGAAGAGCUUGCUGAAAGGGCAUUUUGCAUCCAGUAA